UCUUGGACAGGAAGGCAAAUGAAAAGUUUGAUAGAGAGGAUGGUUCUCCUUCUUGGCUACUAUUGAAGGCUGAGUCAUUGAGCUUCUGCAGAAGUUGGAAGAGGCAAUCUUUAGCGGAAACAUUUAAGAACCAGGGGUUCCCUGAGAGGCCUCCUGGGAUGGACGUCAGCCGCCUCCUCCUGGCUACCUUGCUGGCCUGCCUGUGCUUCCUCACUGCCUACAGCCACCUGGCACCUGAGGAAAAGCCCAGAGAUGAAAGGAACCUGAAGAACAACUCUUCCAUGAACCUGUUGGAUUUCCCUUCUGUCUCUAUUGUGGCACUGAACAAGAAAUCCAAAAAGAUCAGCAGAAAUGAAGCGGAAAAGAAGAAAAGACCUUCCAAGGAACUUUCUCCACUGGAGACCCACAUUGUGCCUGCAGUGACACAACCAGCGUGGAAUGAAGGAUGCAAACAUCAGAUCCGAGACCGGACAGAGCUGGAACUACCCAGGCAGAGAACACACAUGCAGAAAAAUGAUGGGUGCUCCAGGCUAGGCUGGGGACACGAUUCUGCACAUUGGGAAAAGUCUGCAUUUUUCUGGGCUUCUAUUCACUUGUCUAUAAAAUGGGAGAUCAUCGCUCUUGCUGUUCUUAUUGUAAAUCUGAAAUAGUAUUGCUUCUUAUACCUUAAAGCAAGCAACAUAGAGAGAGAGAGAGAAGCUCUUUUGUGUUCUGUCAUUUAGGCUGCAAGCCCACAGAACCUUUUGUUCCCUGUACCAGAACUGCUGCUGAGUAAAUGUCAUCAGUAAUUAGAAUAUUGGGAACAUAUUGUAGCCACUGCUCCGGUGUUUUCCAGACAUUGCUCACCAGCCAGGCACCAUUCUCCCCCCAGAUGAGGCCAGAGAUGCAAAGCCAAAGACCCAAUCCAUUAGUGACAAAACCACUAGGCUGCUGGAUCCAGACAACCACGUGGAAGCCCAACCCAUUCUGUCCUUCAGCAAAUGUGUAUUGAGCACCUACCAGGCACGAGGCCUUGUGCCAGGUGUUGUGAAUAUUGUGGUGAACAAGUCCAGUCCUCUUCUUACAGAGCUUACAGUUUAGUGGACAAUGACCACCAGCCCUUAUUAAAAGUCAGAACCACUGUUAGCACUGGAGAAGGGAAUGGCAAUCCACUCCAGUAUUCUUGCCUGGAGAAUUGCAUGGACAGAGGAGCCUGGCAAGCCACAGUCCAUGGGGUCGCAAAGAGUCGGACAUGACUGAGCGACUAACUCUACCACUACUGUUGUCAGCAUAUGUGGUCUGUUCCCACAGACCCUCAGUUUUGCUUCUGUUGGCUUAGAUCCCUGGUUAGGUAUUUAUCUGCCCAAGUUCACCUUCAGUUGAGAUCCUAAGAUUCUUCCACCUUUUCAGAAAUUCCUCCUCAAGCCUUAGGGUCCAGAGAGAAUGGUUCUGGGUCUCUGCAAGACCCUGCCUGAGUGACCAGAAUUCAAAGUUGUGAAGGUCUGGGAUACAUGCCCCCU